CCAUCGGGCUCUUCUACGCGCUGAGCGGGGACAGGCAGCGCACGGUGCAGGAGUUCCUCCUGGCCAACCGCAACAUGAGCUUCCUGCCCGUCGCCCUCUCCCUGCUGGCCACCUUUCAGUCGGCCGUGGCCAUCCUGGGCGUGCCAGCUGAGAUCUACAACUUUGGCACCGAGUACUGGUUCCUCGGCUGCUCCUACUUCCUGGGGCUGGUCAUCCCGGCCCACGUCUUCAUCCCCGUCUUUUACCGCCUGCGCAUCACCAGCACCUAUGAGUACCUGGAGCUGCGCUUCAACAAGACGGUGCGGAUCUUCGGCACCGUCACCUUCAUCUUCCAGAUGGUCAUCUACAUGGGGGUGGUGCUCUACGCGCCCGCACUGGCCCUCAACGCGGGGCAAGAUCUCCGGCAUCGAGUGAGCAGCCCGACGCCUCUGUGCUGGGACGUCUUCACUCACCCGGGGCUGGGCACGUGGGGCAGCUGGGAACGGGCCGGGGUGGGGGAGAGGGACCCUGGCACGGCAUGGGGAGCCAUUCCUGCCUUGUGGACCUUCGUGCUGGGCAGCACGCUGCUCUGGCUCUCCAUGUACGGCGUCAACCAGGCCCAGGUCCAGCGCUACGUGGCCUGCAGGACCGAGGGGGAGGCCAGGACGGCGCUGCUGGUGAAUCAAGUGGGGCUCUUCUGCAUCGUCUCCAGCGCGGUGGCCUGUGGCCUUGUGAUGUUUGCGCUGUACAAGGACUGUGACCCCCUCCUCGCCGGCUACAUCUCCGCCCCAGACCAGUACAUGCCCUACCUGGUCCUCGACAUCUUUGAGACGUUCCCGGGGGUGCCAGGGCUGUUCCUGGCCUGUGCCUACAGCGGGACCCUCAGGUGA